AUGCCUUCGUCUGACCCUAACGCGAAGAACGCUGCCGGCCUCACGCCCACUGAGAGCCGCUCUCUCAGCGAGAGACAGCCCGAGGAACACGAGAAGCCUAUCCUUCAGGCCAUCAGAGAGCUCUACACCUCUAAUCCCAAGGAGUCUACUUACCAUGUAUACGCGCCUGAUGCCAUCUUCCAUGACCCCGUCGGGAUCGCCAAAGGUGCCGACGCCAUCCGCGCCCAGUUCAACGGGCUCGUGAAGAUCUUCCCUCGUGCGGACAUUGGCAAAUUCCGUGUUCUUGAGAACCCCAAGACCGUGCCGAAAAGUACGAUCUUGGUCGACCAGGAUGUCUCGUACUUCCGUGACCCGAAGGCUUCUGGGCCUACCAAGACUGUUAACUCCUUGCUCACUUUGCACACCAACUCGUCUCACCAAAUCACUGAACAUCACGAAGAGUGGGACCAUAAACGCGAGACUGAUGCCAGCGAUGGCUUCCUUGGCUACAUUAACGAAGCCCGCAAGAAGCUCACUGCGAGCGUCACCGACAUGUUUGUCGGCAAGGAGCCUCCUAAGAAGGCGUAA